UUUUGACCCUAGUCCCAAUUAUAAAGUCUUGAUACGCAUACUUGCAUCACACGGUAGCCGACCUCAGAUUUAUGUUACAAACGGAACAACCUGCUUUGUCCGAAACACCAGAGUCGCACAUGCGUUGCUUUCGAACAUUAGAAGGAGAUAUCAAUCUCACGGCAUCGCCGGGCUUUUGUUUGUCUGAUCGCAGUCGAGGCUGGAAGUUUCCCUCGGCUUGAAACAAGAUCUGCGAGGCCAUGUCACAGUCAAACCGUGAAGCACGUCGCGAAGUACGCCGAGCAGAGUCUCCUCCCAACCCACGAGAGCGCCGCCGUCGUCGAUUGAAUUCUUCGACUGAUCACACGCGUCCGACUGGUUUUGUUACGCCUUGGCUUGAGCAACAAGACUUGUCACGGCCAACUGCGCAUGCGCAAACAACAAUAAACCUAACAAACUUACGCACACCACACUCUGCCCAACAGUUUCACCUCUGGGCAAAUUCACGCUUUCUCGAACAAAUGGAUCAAGUACCUUCGUAUAGCCAUCACCUCUGGGGUCAGACCGUGUCGUUGGACAGUCAAGAUGCUGGUCCGUCUUCGGUAGUGCACCCGCGUAAUGUUGAUUUUGAUACCGACGAUUUCUCAAUCCUCCCUCGCGGUGAUCGUUCUAUUGACUCUCGACGUCACGGACCUCUUUUGAGCUUGGAUCAAAUCGUCUCCAACAAGAAACAGCCUGCAUCCGCGCUCAAUGGAUUGCCAGCUUCCUCGGCAGCCGACAGCGACGAUUCACCCUCUGACUGCAGCGAAAGCGCACAAGACAAUGCUCCUCCACCACCUUCUCCUCAAGGUGGGUGGCUGAACUCAUACACCGCUAGCAAUGACUCAUUUUGGUAUGAUCGGAUCAGACCUCGUGACGAAACGAUGUCUCAAGCUGGUGCUAGUCGUGGAGGUCACGCAGGCUUUCCCACCUAUGGAAGUCAUCCUUAUGAAUUCACCAACCCACAUUAUCAAGUUGCUUCACCAUACACAGCCGAAGGUGCAUCUCAAAGCGCACGCAAUGUUGAACUUCGCCGCUUGAUGGAAGAUCAGGAAAGCUCUGCGGACAGAUCAACAUGUCCUGUGAACCCUGCAAUUCUUCUUGCAUACCAGCUGGAUCGCAACAGUCCUCAGCCUGCUUUACGCUUUCUGCCAUUCGUUCCCGAAUCUCAAACGAACAACCACAAAGCCAGAAACAAGCGUUACAUGAUCCAACCUUCGCAUAAGCAACGCAUGGAUGCUGCACAAUUGAUGGCAAGGAGGGCGAAUUGGAUUCCUGGGGAAUUUCCUGUCGAGCUCUUCGAACUCAUCACUCAGCAUUUAUCUCGUGAUGACAUCAAGUCGAUGCGUCUGGUCAACAAGGAAUUCGAGCUCGGUGUCUCACAUUCUUUGUUUGACACGGUGGUUGUUCCCUUCAAUACCGAGCUCUACGACAUGAUCGAGCAGAAAGCCGUCAAGCGCGACAUGAAGGGCAAGCGUAGAGCUGAUGAUCCCGUCAAUAACUUUAUCGACCUGGAUCCCGGUUCACUGCUUUGGAAGAAUGCUCUAGACGACACAGAAGACAAGGUCUAUCGCGGCCACGGUCUUAAAGUCUUCGAAGGCUUUGGUGGUCAUAUCCGUCGCUUCGGCAUGAGCUUUGAGAUCAAAGAACAAGCACUUCAAAACCCGCCUCAGAAGAAUCAACUCGACCGACACGAAAGCUACUUCGGUUGCUACGAAUGGCCAUCACAGGAGUAUACGCGCUACGAACAGCUUGCUGGACUCGAACGUACAGCAGAUGAGACUUCUCAGAUGAAGCUAGCCUUCUCACACUUGUCCAAGGUGCAGCAGCUUGCACUCUCUAUGGACAGCGGUCUCGGAUGGAUGAACGGACCCGAUAAAUCAUUGCGCAGCCUGAUCCUGCAGCACCCCUCUCCUCUGUUCGGCUGUUCACACGGCGUAGUAGACGCACAACAGCAGGAGCGUAUCCGACUGUGGGAGUCUAUCGAAGCUGCACACGGCCGACUGGAUGCUCUGGAAGAUCUGAAAGAGGGCUAUCUCGAACGCUCGAACCUAGAAGAGAAUUUCUUCCACCGCUCUCCCUUCUCGACAACCCCUUACGCUUCCCCUAGCGCAUGGGCAACUGCUCCAGCUAGCGCUGUGGCUUCAGCUAUCCCUGACGUUCUCGAUGGUAACGACAAUGCUGCUUUGGAGACAGGAGUGUUUUACAUCAAUUCAUACGAAUCGCGCGAUAGCCCAUCGCAAUCCACCGAAGGUCAAAGAGCAGACAUCAUAAAGAGGAUCGACAAGUUCAGCCCAGCCAAUCUAGACAACCAUCAAAAAGAGUGGCUGCUCGAGGCUGAGUGGGCACAGAGAGCAUUCCUCACCACGUACCUGCUUGGCGUCGUUGACAACAGCUCAGUUUUUGACAAGGUGUCAGUCUUGAACUUCCGUAUUUCCAGCCACCUUGUACCCUUACUAUCUCGGCACGACUUUUGGACCGCUCUGCCUAAGUUGGUGGAAAUCACACUUGCCGUGAUUCCUGACUGGCGCACUGUAGAGCGUGACGACGCUGGUGUGGUUGAGACCAAAGACAUCGAUCCCUCGAUCGCUGUUGACAAGACAUACGAUCUGCUUCAGGCCUUCAUCGGAGUCAGAUCUAACAUCACUAAGUUGAACUUUGCUUGGGCGGCUGGCGGUGAACACGCUGAAGGCAUCUUCGCUCGCAAUCACCACAUAUUGCCUGCUCCAAUCACCAAUAUUGCACGCUCUACAGCCAUCGCCGUGAAGGACGAGGACCUGGUCGAUAUGCCGCAUGUCAAGGAUCUUACGUUCUCCAAUUGUUGGUUCACACCCAUCUCCAUAGUGAUGGUGGUCAAGAAGCUGCGCAAGGACUCUCUCAAAAAGAUCAAGUUUGAUUCAGUCUCGCUCACUGCGAUGCCUCGCGUCAAUGCCAACAAUCAGAAUCCGGUCAACGCGUUCCAGAAUCCUGCUCAGCCUCUUGUUCCGGGCAUGAUCGUGCUUGGUGGCAAUGCUGCUGCUCAAUUCGGAGCUCAAGUAUGGCAAGGUCCGCCUCCCGGUACGCCGGUCGACCAGUGGGCUCUGAUCAUGUCGCAGGGUCUGAAUACUCUACUGCAGCAACAGGGUAUAGCAAUACACCAUGUCCCUCAAAUCUGGACCAAUCAUCCGAUGGGAUUGACACUGCAGCAGAUUCAUGGUAUCUUGGCCGGUCUGAGUGGUGGAAUCGCACAUAACAACAAUCCUAUGGUCCAGCCCGGAACGCUCUACCAGCUGCCGUUACAGCAACAGCAACAGCUUCAGGAUGGUGGCGCUCAGUUCCAGCAUUUGGCACUUAUGGCGCAUCCUAAUCAACCACCUCUUGCACUUGGCACCUGGCAAAUGCCACCUCAACCUGUAGCUCAAGCUCUGCCUACUCCCACCAAUACGCCUUGGUAUGAUGGACAUCGCUCUGGCUCAUGGGUCAAAGUGAUUGAUACAAUAAGCCCUGGACCCAGGCUCGAGAUGUACGAACCUCGCGACGAGUUCGAUCCGGAGCCUGCGCGACGCAAGAAAGGACUAGCAGCGGCCGAGUUCAAGUCGUGCGGCUACGUGCAGCUUCGUACUCCCACUUUCGACCAGAACAACGUUGAAGCACCUGUUCCUCACCGCAUGAGCCGCCACUUCUCGCGUCGCCAGAGCCUUUUGUCAUCAGCCAUGCUCUCAACCCAAGACAAGUUGAUCGGAACUAUUGUCCAGCACAUGUCGGAGCACGAGUCGGACGCUCUCCGCAACGCGUGGGGCAUGUCGAUGGCUUGGGACGAUGCAAAGCUCGCCGAAGAGGCAGAGUACGAUGGCUACCUUGCUGGAGGUACUGGACGUUUCUCAGGAAGUGUGACCAAGGAUUCUCCCAUCCAGGAGGCUUACACCGCUUAACAUUCUUGAGUCUCGAUUGAGCGACUAUCUGCUUUCUUUUCGUUAUCAUUGGAGACGGGCGUUCGUUUUGAUUGUUGGUUGACGAUUGUCACCAAUGUUUUUGUUUUUCUGUUUUUUCUCAUCAUGGCGAAGUACGAAGAGAGAAGAAUGCUGGACGGCGUCGCAGAUUCUGGCUGGCACUGGAAGGAUAACGGCGUUGACAUGGCACAAGAUUGGGAGCAGCAGACUCUGACUGGCAGAAUGAGAUGUGGAUACAUGAAACCCCCCUAAAGAUAGAAUGAAUUCCUAAUGAAAAUUGUAUUGAGUAUUGUAAGCAACAAGUCCGACUUAUAAGCCUUGAAGACGAGAGUAGGAAUGGUUGCGAGCAUAUGCGUCGGUAGGA